UCACUGUAAGCGAUGCUUCAAGAAAUCAACGAUGCGCCAAGUAGUUCAACGCUUCACAAAAGCUUAAUUUGCCGAUACGCGAUGACGUCGAGCCCGCUUUUUACGUCAAUGGUGAUGAAGCGAAAAAUUUCACCAAAUAUACCACUGCUCACCCCGGCCUUUGACUGGAUGUCCGCUUGAUGUUUUACCUUCAAAAAAUACUAUCGGGACGUUACAUGAAUUUUAAAAUGAGAGUGCUUAUAAUUUAUGGAUUUACGUUGCCAUUUUAAUUUGUCGGGUAUCUGGUUUAGUCGUAGGAACUUUUCUUUAAGGACAAUUCGUGUGAUCGGACUGUUUAUCACUGAACACAACUCGGUGAACUUUAGUGGUAGGAACGCUUCCUUAAGGACAAUUCGUGUGAUCGGACUGUUUUUCCCUGAGCACAACUCAGUGAACUUUCACCCCUUCCAACCUGGUUGUUUUGGUUGAGCAUCUUGGGCUAUCCGUGGGGGAACUGGAAUUAAACCUAAUCUGACAGCGGGGACAUUUUCUCAGAAUUCACUCGUACACGAGAAAGAAUGGCGACAAUGGCGCUGUCAAGCACAAAUCGGCGCCCCCGCUGAACAGAGAUGCUGGAUGUAGCCUAAUGCUAACGUUCGCUGUCAACCUAGCGGACUUACCUGAGGUGUCAACAUGGCGGUGAUGGGAAGGGAUGUGUAGCACCCACCGACUGGACACACCGCAUGUGUUCACAUUUUGUUUUCAAUACUGGCCUGGAUUUUUCAAACAAGCAAAUACAACGGAUUGUUGGAUUUUUCCAUUCCUUGCUUUCAAUGGGCGAGGAAAAGCCAGACACGCUGGACUUCGUGAAGGAUUUCCAGGAGUAUCUGAGCCAGCAGACCCAGCAUGUCAACAUGAUAUCGGGCUCCGUCAGCGGCGUUAAGGAGGCCGAUGAACUACCGGCCGAUUGCAGUCAGAACGGGCUGGAUCACCCGGCGGUGGACAUGUCCCUGGAGGACGGCGCUGGGAUUUUGGUGGACGGUUUUGAGAGAACCUUUGACGGCAAACUCAAGUGCCUGUACUGCAGCUACGCCACCCGAGGCACAGCGAGACUCGUCGAGCACAUUCGAAUGCACACAGGAGAGAAACCCCACCGCUGCCACCUGUGCCCGUUCGCCUCGGCCUACGAGCGCCACCUGGAGGCCCACAUGCGCUCGCACACGGGCCACUCGGCCCCCCGGCACGCGCCGCAUCGCUGCCAGCACUGCGGCAUCUACUUCCCCGACAACAUCCUCUACACCAUCCACAUGGGCUGCCACGGUUACGAGAACCCGUUCCAGUGCAACAUCUGCGGCCACAAGUGCAGGAGCAAGUACGACUUUGCCUGCCACUUUGCUCGCGGCCAGCACAAGUGACCGCUUUUAAAAUGAGUCACUUUGCAGGAUCUUUAGUGAUUGGUUUCUCUUUUGGUUUUCCUCUUCCCACUGGCUUCGAUGUAGCAUUUUCGCCUUCCGGGAAGAUGUCGGCAUUGAGAUGGAUCCCUUUGCCCACAAUGGGCAGAAGAAGUCUGAAUUCUAUGAAGGAGUCGUAGGGAAUUUUAUGGCAACACAUUUGUAAGUGUACCAUUUGCAUUUUCAAAAUUUGACAAGAAUAAUGGCAUCAUUUUAUUUGAGGGGUGCGGGGGGGCAAGUUGCAAUAUUAGGACAAAGUCGAGACCUUUACAAAAAUUAAGUCGGAAUAUAAUGGAAGUAUAUCUGUGCCAUAGAUUAUUAUCAGAGUGAAGAAAGUCCAAAUCUGAGAGGAAAACAUCCAAAUUUCAUUUUGAAGAAGUUUCAAUGUUCCAAAAAAAAAAAAAAGUGAUGACUCUUCUCAUAAUAUUGCAACUUUUUUUUUUAAUGAAGAUUACUACUGACUUUUUUUCGUCUGUGUCCUUAAGUACUCCUUCAUACCAUUCAAACCAUACAACACAAGAAUAUUUAUAUAUAUGUCUAGCUAGAGAGAGAGAGAGAGAGAGCGCGUCGUAGGAGUCUCAAGUCUUCUGAGCUAAACCUCGAAGGUUGCCUGCCUCACACAACAUCGCUCCAAGUGACGCGCUGUUGAAAUCAUGCCAGUAUUCCUUUGCAGUGCCUGACAUUUUGACUUUUGUGAGUGAAAUAGCAAAGAAGAGGUUGACGUAUCGCCUUGAUUUUUGCCAAAAUUCUCCUUCACGAAUGCUGCUACGACCCAUUUCCAGCGACCAACGUUUUAACUGGUUGCGUCCCGUCGCCCCCCAAACACACUUGGUCAGGGGCCACCAGGAAACGUGACUUCUUUUUUAGUAAGCUAACACACUGAACUUUUUGCCACUUUAAGAACUGUAUUCCCUUGGCCUUACAACCUUGGUGAGAAGCGAUUGCCAAAAUGUAUUUGCCCGGUGCUUUUUUUUUUUUUUCCCACCCCUUUUGAAUAUUUACUGCACAUUCUAAGUAGUUGAUCUGAUGUUCAAUGUAUGGAAAAAAAACAUUUUU